AUGAUUGGUAGAUUAGCACAUAUAGGUGUUGAUUUAGUUUUGAUAUCAGGAGUUUUAGCAGGUAUAAAAAGAUCAACUGGUGUAACACCAAAUUUAGAUUUAAUUGAAAAUAAAGAUAUAAGAUAUUAUAGUUCAAAAUAUUUAAAUUUUGGAGAAUCAUUUUUAGAUUCAACUGGUGCUUUCUUAGGUUCAAGUCAAUUUUUUACUAGAAAAUAG